AUGCUGUUCUGGCACACGCAGCCCGAGCACUACAACCAGCACGGCGCCGGCGGCUACCUGCGGGAUGUGCUCGCUCUGCCCAUCUUCAAGCAGGAGGAGCCCCAGCUGUCCCCCGAGACCGAGGCGCGCCUGCCGCCCCUGCAGUACGUGCUGUGUGCCGCCACGUCCCCGGCCGUGAAGCUGCACGAAGAGACGCUGACCUACCUCAACCAAGGUCAGUCUUACGAAAUCCGGCUGCUGGAGAAUCGGAAGCUGGGAGACUUCCAGGAUCUGAACACAAAGUACGUCAAGAGCAUCAUCCGUGUGGUUUUCCAUGACCGCCGGCUGCAGUACACGGAGCACCAGCAGCUGGAGGGCUGGCGGUGGAGCCGGCCCGGGGACCGGAUCCUGGACCUCGAUGUCCCGCUGUCUGUUGGUAUCUUGGACCCCAGGGCCAGCCCGACCCAGCUGAACACAGUCGAGUUUCUGUGGGACCCUUCGAAGAGAGCCUCCGCGUUCAUUCAGGUGCACUGCAUCAGCACGGAGUUCACCCCGAGGAAGCACGGGGGCGAGAAGGGGGUGCCGUUCCGGGUGCAGAUCGACACGUUCAAGCAGAACGAGAAUGGGGAGUAUGCCGAGCACCUGCACUCCGCCAGCUGCCAGAUCAAGGUGUUCAAGCCAAAGGGUGCGGACCGGAAACAAAAGACGGACCGGGAGAAGAUGGAGAAGAGGACCGCCCAGGAGAAGGAGAAGUACCAGCCGUCCUAUGAGACCACCAUCCUCACCGAGUGCUCUCCGUGGCCCGAUGUGGCCUACCAGGUGAACAGCGCCCCGUCCCCAAGCUACAACGGCUCUCCAAACAGCUUCGGCCUCGGCGAAGGUAACAGCUCACCGACCCACUCCCACCCGCUGGAGACCCUGCCCCUGGGCAGUGACCACCUGCUCCCGUCCGCCUCCAUCCAGGACGCCCAGCAGUGGCUGCACCGCCACAGGUUCUCGCAGUUCUGCCGGCUCUUCGCCAGCUUCUCAGGCGCUGACUUGCUGAAGAUGUCUCGAGAUGACCUGGUGCAGAUCUGUGGCCCCGCAGACGGGAUCCGGCUCUUCAACGCCAUCAAAGGCAGGAACGUGAGGCCGAAGAUGACCAUCUAUGUCUGCCAGGAGGUGGAGCAGAGCCGGGCACCCCCGCAGCAGAAGCGGGACGGAGGCGGGGACAGCGGGCUGUGCGUGUACCACGCCAUCUUCCUGGAAGAGCUGACCACCUUGGAGUUGAUUGAGAAGAUCGCCAGCCUGUACAGCAUCUCCCCACAGCACAUCCACCGAGUCUACCGGCAGGGGCCCACGGGCAUCCACGUGGUGGUCAGCAACGAGAUGGUGCAGAAUUUCCAGGAUGAAUCCUGUUUUGUCCUCAGCACCUUAAAAGCGGAAAGCAGUGAUGGCUACCACAUCAUCCUGAAGUGUGGCCUCUGA